AUGACUGAAAAUGAACCAAUUGCCAGUGAAACACAAGGAACAAGAGCGAAUGUGGUGGAACAGGGUAUCCAAAUGUUUGACCGUAAACCUAUCAUAGUUAAGCCUUGGCAGCCAGAUAUAGAAGUAACCAAGCAACUGAUGGACAAAAUACCAGUUUGGAUCAGACUGAUGGGAUUAGAUGUGAAAUAUUGGGGAAAAUCAGCCUUGACGAAAAUUGCAGGGCUGGUGGGUAAUCCGAUAAGAGCAGACAGUGCAACAACCAUGAAGGAGAGGAUGACCUAUGCAAGGGUCUUGGUGGAAGUCCCCUUAAAUGAAGAGUACCCAACCUCAGUGAUGUUUGAAAAUGAAUACGGCAAAAUAGUAGAGCAAGAAGUAGAAUUUGAAUGGAAACCAGUCUUGUGUACAAAGUGUAAGAACUUUGGACAUAGAUUACAAGAAUGUAGGAAACAAAUCAAAGAUGUGGCAAUUCAACAGGCUAUGCUGAAGAAACUAGGAAUGCAAAAUGAGGUCGAAAAGGAAGACAAAGUAACAGACCAAAUGAAGGGGCCAAAUCAGGAGGGUGAUACAAAUCAGCCAAAUGAUCAGAAACAACAGCAGUUUUAG